GGAGACUUGAGUCAGCUUCAAGAUAUAAUACAGAUAUUCGACCGCAAACCAUCUGCCCAAUGCUUGUCAGUCUCACUAUACAUAACUUUUUAGAUGCGGAUCGGCUCAUGUCCAGCAGUAUAGUGCAACAGAGCAAUUCAUGGGACCGGUUUAAGAUAUCUUGGACAGGAUUUUUAAUCAUAUUGGGAGGUAGUGAUACGUAUGGACCCUUUUUUGACCUGGUAAGCACUUUUGGGUUAAAGCACAACCCUCACGAUGAAGGCUUGAGUGGUUUCACAUAUCGGGUAAACUCCGUCAUUGGCAAGCAACUAUCGUACGAACUCUGCUAUAAUGUGCAAUAUGUCGAGAGACAUGGGAGGAUGGACGAGUAUCCUUGGUCCUUCCGAAACGUUGCUCUUUAUCAAAAGUUCGAUGAAAAGAAUUCCACAUCACGUUGGAUACUUCUUCAGCCACCAAGAAAGUUGAAGACCGCCCUCAAAAAUCUCUUUGAAAACACACAUGAUAGUCACGAAAGAACGCGUCAAAAUUUUCUCCUGAUACAUCUUCUAAUAUGUCUCAUUACCGAGGCAGGAUGGAGGCCAUUUAUCGCAGAUCUUGAAAAAGAAAUAGAUACCCUGAACGACAAAGCACUCUUCUCACGCGUUGGGAGAUUAGCAAAGUUUGACUAUAGCGUGGAAUUUUCGGAUACGCAAAAGCUGGAACAGAUAAGGCAGCGUAUAAUAAGAGCGAGUUCAGCUGUCAAUACAAGUAUCCGACUACCUGCAGGCUUGAAGUCAAUUUUAGAGAGAUUUGAGACGACCGAAUGCCGCGAAACAGAUAGCACUCUACUUCCGGAGCUCAAUAUGUACCUUUCUAGACUCGAAAGUCACCGCGUAUCCCUUCAAAGAUUACUCCAGGUUGCAGAAGGGACCAUGACUCUAUUGCUUCAAAUCUUAGACUUUCGUCACGAUGAGGCCAUCAACCAGAAUGCUAUCGCAACGCGAAAUCUCCUCUCUGCCACGCAUCAUGAAAAUGAAUUGAUGACGGUUAUUGCCCGUGGAACGCAGCGAGACUCACGAACAAUGAAAAUUGUGGCGUUCAUCGCCAUGAUAUAUCUCCCAGCUACUCUGGUUGCUUCUAUAUUCAACUCAGAAAUCGUGAGUAUAGCGAACGGACAAGAGACCGAAACUACACGCAUUCAGAUUAUAGCGUCUUUUUCCAUUACCACUUUCUUGCUUACAGCACUCACUAUCGUCGGGGCUAUGAUUUGGGAUAAAGGAGGUUUUCCCGUGUCGAUGCUGCGGGGACGCUCAUCAAACAGCAGUUCACUAUAAUGGAUCUGUUUUGAUUCACUUGCGAAUAUUUAGAUAAUAACUCAUUCUAUUAGCCCCUCAAUCGACAUUAAUC